AUGUUCCGCCUCUGCCAUCUCCUCCUCCUCUUCCUGCUACGCACCGUCCUGUGCGCUACACUCACCUACGACUUCAACAUCACCUGGGUGCGGUCCAAUCCCGAUGGCGCCUACGAGAGACCUACCAUUGGCAUCAACGGCCAGUGGCCGCUCCCCGCCAUCACGGCUCAUGUCGGCGACCGCAUCGUCGUCAACGUCUGGAACCAGCUGGGCAACCAGUCGACCUCGCUGCAUUUCCACGGCCUCUUCAUGAAGGGAAGCCCGCAUAUGGAUGGCCCGGAGCAGGUGACCCAAUGCGCCAUUCCCCCAGGGUCGCAAUUCGUGUACAACUUCACCGUUGAACAACCGGGUACAUACUGGUACCAUUCACAUACCCAGUCCCAGUACCCGGACGGGCUCCGCGGGCCGCUGAUCAUCCAUGACGACGCCUCGCCCUUCCACGACCAGUACGACGAGGAGCUGACGCUGACCAUUUCGGACUGGUACCACGACCCCAUGGCUGACUUGCUGCCCGGGUAUAUGAAAAAAGGCAGCCGCAUGGCGCGCGAGCCCUUCCCCAACGCGAAUCUGCUGAACGACUCGCAGCAUGUGCGGAUCGAUGUGCAGCCGGGUAAGACGUACCUGAUCCAUCUGAUCAACAUGGGCGCGUUCAUGGGUCAGUACUUCUGGAUCGAGGGCCAUGAGAUGACCAUCGUCGAGGUCGACGGAGUGUACACCCGACCGACGGUCGCAGAGAAUGUGUACCUGGCGACGGGCCAGCGGUAUGCGGUCUUGUUGACGACGAAGGAAGGUCGCGACGCGAACUAUCCCAUGGUCGCGAGCAUGGAUCCGUUGUCGAUUUUGGGUCACGGCAAGACAAUGAGGUCCGUGACGGGAUGGUUAGUGUACGAUUCCAACAGUCCCAUGCCGCCGCCAGAGCGAGUGGACUGGUACGAGGCCAUCGACGAUAUGUCGCUGGUGCCGUACGACAGCGCGCCCCUGCUGCUUGAGCCCAGCCAUCAGAUCACGCUGGACAUGAACAUGCAUAGAUUACAGGACGGCGUGAUGCACUGGCUCUUGAACGACAUCAGCUACGCGGCCCCGAAAAGGCCAACGCUAUACACCGCCAUGACCAGCGGCGAGGCCGCACUCGAAGAUGUGUCGACGUACGAGCGAUCAACGAACCCAUUCAUCCUAGACGAAGGCGCUGUCGUUGAGAUCAUCGUCAACAACAAGCACAUGGGCCGCCACCCGUUCCAUCUCCACGGACACAGCUUCCAAGCCGUUUAUCGAUCCAAUCACUGGGCGGGAUCGUUCGCAGAGAGUAAUGUGACCGAGGCGGAUUUCCUUGCCGUGCCCCUCCGCCGCGAUACGUUGACUGUGAACCCGGGCGGGAGCAUGGUGAUUCGAUUCCGAGCCGAUAACCCAGGGGUGUGGAUCUUCCACUGCCAUAUGGAAUGGCAUGCCCACUCGGGACUCAUUGCCACUAUGAUCGAGGCGCCGCUCGCUCUGCAGUCCCUGGGAAUUCCCACCGACCAUAUCGACGCGUGUGCUGCAGGCGGCAUAUCCCUCAACGGAACCAUGCCCAUCCAGCCCGUGGCAGAUGCCGAUGCACAUAGUGAGGAAGACAAGCCAGCAGAGGUGACGCCGAUGGACGGCCCUAAAGAGUAA